AUUGUUUUUUAACUUAUCUAGCUUGUUGGUCUAUGCCAAGUUAUUUUUGUUACUACAAAGAAAUGACUGUUUGUGUCUGUAUAUAAAAAAUAUAAAAAUGUCCAUGCAAAUGGAAGUCGGACAUGAGGCUGGUUACAAUGAUAGAGUGGGGAGUAACCUGCCAACAACAUUGAGUUUGAAUGGAAAUAGUAAUGCUUUGCAGUCUGGCAUUGUUUCUGAAAGCAGAUCAUUUGAGAACGGAAUUUUCACUCCAUCUCCAGAAACCUCGGGUGCUUCUACUCCAUUAAAUGAAAGUUUAGUUGAAAAUGGAUUUUCAUCGUGCGAGGAAGACGGCCCAUACGAAGAUGAUGAAAAAAUUGACAAAUUUGUGAAAGAAUAUGUUGGCUGUUUGUUUGACCCUGAUUGUGAUAUAAGUUAUGAGAACAAAGCUAAAUUUGGAGAACUAAUGAAAGAUGCAGGCGCUCGUAUGAGCUUUGCAAAGUAUGUUGAUGCUUAUCGAAAUCAAGUGAAAUGUGUUGAUGAAAGCACUUUUUAUAAACUGUUACAUAGCUUUGCACUUGUGCUUUUUGAGUGUGGUGAGGCAGAUGAUUACCUGCCAGGAAAAUCUCUAAUGAACAUGGCUUUUACAUAUUAUUAUAUCCCUGACCAAAGACAAGUUUCAGCUGAUGCAUUGAGUUCUCAAGAAAGCGUUUCUUCAUCUUCUACCACUAGUAGUGUUGAUGGUCACGUUACAAAAAGAUCAAAAUCUGACAGUGAUGGUUAUGAUGGCUCCAAAAAAAGAACUUUAAUGCAAAGAUUCCGUAAAGAAGUUGAAGCUUGCAAGCAGGUCUUUCAUGAUACACCUUCAUUUCAAGAAUUGAAGCAGGGUUUUUGGCGUCGUCCUAAGCAUGAAGGUGCUGAAACCAAGCGCUCUGAGCAAAAAUUCUCACGAUCUUUGAGUCAUGGUUCUGCUACUUCCCAUCCUGACAUGUGCAGUCCUGCAGUUAAAAACUUUCUAUACGAGCAUUUAAAGAACCAAGUCAUUUGGAAAUCAUUACGUUUUUGGAAUGCUGCUUUUUUCUCUGCCGUUCAUGCAGAACGAAAGCGGCGAUGCAUUCAGAAAGAUUGGACAGCACUCUCUGCUGACGAACAGGACAGCACUAAUGACGCUAUCGUAAAUAUAACAUUUGGGCAAUUGGGAACAUUUAUAAAUAAUAUGAAAUGUCUCGGAUUAGAUAAUAAAACAUGCUACGAAUUUCUACGAAAACAGAGCAUUAUUGGUGGCAUUGAAGAAGGAGGUCAAUAUUAUGAAAUGUUGAUUGAACAAAUCGAGGAUGACACCACAUUUUAAAAUAUUUAAAACUCAAAUUGGAAACCCGUUGAGUGGUUGAUUCAGAUGCAGUAAAAAACUUGAUUAUAGCGGUACUGGUACAUGAUUUUUAUUAUUUUCAUUCUAUUUCAUGUUCAUUGGGAUAUUAUUUCUAAGUAUUAAGUCUCCUUUUGGAUUAAAAUUUUCACUUGUUCGCGCUUGGUCCAACUGUGAACCAUAUAUUAUCCAUAGUUGGAUUCUAUGUAUCUAGCGAGACUGGCAUGAAGCCUUUUUUUUUCAGUUUCAUUCAUUCUAAUUCAAUGGUGUGGUGGAUUUUAUUUACUGGUGAAAUUGCUGACAUGGUGAUUGUAUACAAUUUUGUUACCUGUUAUUUCAUGUGCAUUAUAAUAAUAAAAACAUUCAUACCGCACAUUGUUUCACACACUGUAUAAAAAUCAAUAGUGUGACAUCAUGCAUGCCGGUUAUGUUCAUAAAGUGUGUACAUAUAACAAAUAAAUUCUGUCUAACCAUAUAUGUACAGAGACCAUAUUUAUAUUUGUUCUCAAUCAUACCUGUUGCAAAUAUUCAAAAUACCAGGAAAUUAUGCGAAACAAAAAUUUACCAGGAAGUUUUAUUUUUUAUAUUUCAAAUUUGACUUAGCGUACCUAUGCGUUGACUAAAAUUCCAUCAUUAAAACAUAGAAUGACUGAUAAAAUUUGCAUCAUAAGUCAAGCUUACUAGAUGGCUCAUUCGAUUAUUCAAUAAAACUCUCACCACUGCCGAUAAUGAUAAAAUACUUUGUAUACUUUUGUUCAAUAAGUCAUUACAAACUUUUUUUUCAAGAUAUUUCAGUUAUAUUUAUAUUUUUUGCCAUAUACCCAUAAACUUGAAGCAAAAAAAAAAUUGAAUAAGAGGAUUUUUUGUCCAUAUUAGUUGAAAUAUUCAUAACUGAGAUAAAUAGUGAAAAAUUUGAAAUAUUCGUGCUAUAUUUUGGUUAUAUUUUAUAUAGACAGUUGGUACAAAUAAGGCAUCCUCUUCAUGUUUAAAAUAUAACAUAUAACCAGAUUAUAAAAUCUGAUAUUGUUUUAUUUUUUUAUUCAUGGAAGUACAAAUGUAAAAACACAAUGUAAAUAGUACUAAAUAUUGUUCUUUAUUCUAUUUGUUGAAUUUUACUUUUGCGGGGUAUUGGCAAUAUGUAAUUCAGGCUUUAAUUAUUAUAUUGUAUCUAAUAUUUAUCACUGUCUUCUUGAGUGUCUUCGGGUUAUGGCCACCAUUCAUCAAGCUCAUAUCUAAAACCUUUAUUAAUUAUACUGCAGUUGUAUGAUGAUGGACAGUAAUAUUGAGUUGGAACUUCAUGUAUAUGAUCUAUAUUCUUGUUUAGAAGUAAUGAAUAAUGUAUGAAAUUCUGCUUAAACUUAGACCGAAUUUACAGAUGGUCUAAAAGAUAUAAGCAUUUUCUCUUUUUUCCAUGUUUAUUUGCCACAACAUGGUUAUGAGCUCAACUAAAAGUUAAUAAUAUUGAUAAUGAGCUGCAAAUGACUGCAUUCAUUUCAUAUUCAUUCAAGGCAUGGUUUCUAUCAGUCACGUGUAAUUGGAAACUAGAUAUUGGAGUGUUAAUGACUUUGUCACAUAUACGGUAAUAUAAUUUGCAGUUAUUUUCUUGGUUUCUAAAAAGAGAUUUCAAUGUAUUGGCAUUUUCUAUUUUAAUAUUUUUCAUUUGUCUGAUUUUUUAAAAUUGUUUUAAAUAUUAACUGUUGUUUGGUUCCAUAUAAUAUAACGGUUACUCUCCAAUCGAUAUUAUUAUAGCCACUAAAAACAUUGUUGAAUUAGACAUAAUGGGAAGGUAUAAAAAACUUAUUCAUCAAUUAUUAUAAAAAGCCAGAUAAACUUUCUUAGGUGUUUCUAACAUAAAUUAUAUGGUUGAUUUUAAAUUUCUUUUAAAUAAGUUAUAUUACCGUAACUAUGUUGUUUAAAGUUUUGUGUGUAAUACAUAAAGAGAUAGAUAUGUGGAACAUCUCAUAGGUGACAGCAGCGCAGUUGUUUCUAUGAAAAUAUGAAUUGGAAAUGCAAAUUUAGUGAUUUUUGCGCUUAUGUAAUUCUCUAGGGAAUUUUUAUUCCAGCUACUUAUCGCUUCUAUAAUAUAAUUUGUGUUAAUAAAAUCACAUAAAACAUCUGGUGCUUUUAAACCUUUGGAGAAUUGACCCUAUAUUGAUCACAAGAAAUUUUGUUUUGCAUCUGUAUCUGGAUUCAUUGAUGGAAACAAAUUAAAUGUGCAAUAAGUGAUAAAUUUGAGUUGCAGGUGAAGAGCUUAGCAAAUAUUAUCCGCUGUUAAAUUAAUUGAAAGCUGCUUGUUUCAAAUUGUUCAAAAACCGAUUUCAUUCACUGUUGGUUUGACAACGCAUCUUUUGGCUUGUGCUCUCUUUUAGCAAUGCACUUCUUUCAUAACACAUAUAUGAAUGGCUUGAGGUAUAAGCUUAUGGUUCAAUUUGUGGCCUAGUGGCUUCAAUGUCAGGCCUUUUCUUAGUUUUACAUUGUUGUGUGCACAACUUUGCCUUGGAUGUAAUAAGUUAGGUGAGCAACAAGCAAGAUUCUUUUCUUGUGCUCGUUAUGAAGUGUUAAUAUUUCAAGAGCCUUGUUCAGGGUGAACAAUGUCUUGUGAUAAAAAAAAAACUGUGUGCACUGAAUUGACAUAUUUUUUAUAUAUAUACAUUUGUUAUGUUAACUGCCGUUAAAAAGUUUCUGCACAUUAUUCGUUUCUUUGCUUGUGGUAUUUGAACCUUUUUGUGACAUGUAUUUGUUUUAUUUUCAUAGUUGGCUAUUGUUUGCAUUGGUUGAUUUGUUAUUCAUGCAUGUAUGCAGUCAAUAGCUUGAAUAAACAAGUACUAAAAUGCAACAACAUUGCAUUAUUGUCAAUGUGUGAUUUUGAUUGAUGAUCCAACAUGUUUGCCAGUGUUGUUUAAUUUGCGAAGAGCAGGUGCGUUAAGGGUUUUUCAUAACUAGAUAUGCUUUGAGCAAUAUAUUGUGCCUCAGAUAGCAAAAACAUUCAAAUUGUAAAAUAUCAUAUCCUUAUAAAUAGAUGCUUGCUUUAUAAGUUUUCGAUACCAAUAUUAUGGUGAAAUUGUACAAAAUUAGCAAAAGUUUCCAUCAAUGCAAUUUUUUUGUGAUCUUUCUAUCACAUUAGCAUUUUUCAGAGCUCAAAAAUAGCGCAAAUUCCUCAUUCACAUUUCGGGGAAAAUAAAAUAAUAUUUGAUACGGAGUUGACACUACUGGGCCAAUCCUUCUAAUAUUUUUACAACAUGAAGAUGGAAGAAGAGUAUUAAUUUAAAUUUUUAAAAUCUUUUAGAAACCUAUAUUUCACCCCAGAUUUUGCUGUUUCAUUUCAUUUACUUCUUAAAAACACUUCCUUUUUGACAUUUGACUUUCAUGUUCAUAUACUUGUGCAUAGGUCUCUUGUUUAAUAUUAAAUCUACUGAUAUUACUGAGCGACUUCAGAUAUCGUUGUGUAAAUGUUUUAAUUAUUAACUACUGGUAAAUAGUACAAGCUAUUCAUAAUUUCCUGUCAAGAUUGUUGACACUUCUAAAUAAUUGUUGACUCAUUAAUAUUGAUGAGAAAAUUCAGUGUCACCUGAGUGCAAAGUUGUGACUCUUUGUUUUGACAGAUAUGCGGAUUAUAUUUAAACUGACAUGCAGUGUUAAUAUUGUUAUGAUAUUUUCCUAAUCUUAUUAGGUUGUAAACAAAUUCUAAGAGUUGCUAUAAAUUGUUUAUUUAAUGUUGGUGCCAUACAUUUGUUAAAGUUGUAAAGUUUAUCUUGUUGGCAGUGUUCAUUCUCCUGAUUUAAAUGUUGUUUGGGCCAAGACCUGGUGUAUUUAUAUAUGUUUGAACUAUUUUCACAUACACUACAUAUAAUUAAAAAAUAAUUGCUAGCAUAUUCAAUUAUGAUAUAUGGAUUAUCGUUAAAAUUUUGUUGGAAUAUGUUUAGCUUAAGAGUUUCAAGCAUUUCACUACGGACCUUUAAUACAGUAGCAAAUCAACCCUUGUGAAAUCAAUAUCCCUCAUUAAAGCACUUGCAUCUGCCCAAAAUAGUCAAUGGAUUUGGAUCAUAAAUGGAUUUUAAAAGGAGAUACAAGGAUUUUGAUCAAUAAGAUAAUUUUCAAUCAAGCUGCUAGGGAACGAAAGUGAAAUGAGAUGAAAUUCUUCAAAAACUAUCUCUAAUUCCGACCUAUUUCUGGCCCUAUUGGAGUGAUAAAUUUACUGAAUGACUUUUUGGUACCCGUACACACCACACAGCAGUUACAUUCUGAGGGGGCAAUUUAAUAUCAAAUUUGUAUGACAUGGGGAAAUUACCGGUACUAUAAUAAUUAUAAUAACUAAUAAGCCGGCAUUCAAAUUAAGUUUAUUUUUGGAGCAGGUACUCCGAAAUUUGUGACAACGAACGUGUUUAAAAAUAUAUCUCGACCGUGCGUGUCACAAAUAUGCCGCGAUGGAAGCAUGGCCAAAAUUCAUGUGUUUUAUCACGUAAAAUUUCCGGCUGUAGAUGCAGGAGCAAGAAUUGAAACUUGUUACUGCCAAAAUGUUUGCACCUGCCACAGAUUAAUUAUUAUCAAUAAUAUUCCUGGAGCGCGAAAUCUAACGCGUCGCCGCUAACAAAAUGCCAUUGUAUUUUUUUGAAUAAAACAGAUAUGAAAUAAAAAUGAUAUCUACCA